CGGUGAGGACAGAGUCCAUAGGUCGUCACGCAUGAGUUUCUAUAAAUUUUCAUUUGUGAAGGUACUUUCAAACUCCCAAAUUCAAUUUGCCUAGCUUUGUGGAGUUGCGAGACCAAGAAAAGGUUGCUGAAAGACAAAUGGAGCAAAGCUCAAAUGUGCCGAAGUUUGGCAAUUGGGAAAGUCAACAAGAUGUCCCUUACACAGUUUAUUUUGAAAAGGCAAGGAAACAUAGAAGUGGUGAGAAGUUGAAACCAAGUGACACUCAAGGCAAUCCCAAUAUGCCCUAUGCCUACACACCUCCAGUUCAAGCCCCUCCCUUUCAAAAAGAGGUCAAAACAAAGGCAUCAAAGGACCUGGAACCAACAGGAUCAAAGCAUAAGCAGCAUACAGGGCGUGAAGAUGGUAAGAUGUGGAGAUCUGAUGAUUCUUCAUUGCACCAUGACACUGUUGGCCAGAAGGCAGCAGUGGUCUUGCCUCAUCAACGUCAUGGUGGUGCAAGAUCUGGAAGUAGUAAGCCUGAACUGGAGGAAACCAGGGGGCCAGUUGCAUCUCGGCUAAAGUACGAGCUCCACUUGAGCCGGGAAGAUGGGGAGCUAAGAAGACCAACUGAUUCUCCAUCACGCCAUGAGACUGUAGGUCAUAGAGCUGCUGCUGACUUGAACUAUCAACGCAAUGGUGGUGUAAAUUCGGGUGAUAAGAGGUCUAUGCGCCAAAGCACAGGGUCUGAUCACAGCAUUGACCACUCACCACUACACCCACGUUACCAGGCAAUGGUUGGAGGCAAAAGCAGUGGAGUAUCUUCUCCCUCAUGGCAAAAAAGGCUUUCUUCUGAAGUUAGCCACAGCCUAGGUCCCUCCACUCAAAGGUCCCAACUGAGACCAGCUACUCAAGGCAAUCGAAAGCCUGAUGACAGCACUGCUGUUCCGAAAUUUGGUGAUUGGGAUGAGAGAAACCCUUCAUCAGCUGAAGGGUAUACACACAUUUUCAACAAAGUUCAUGAGGAGAAGCAGAGGGUAGAAGGAACAGUACCAGCCAUGGUGACUGAGCCUUCUUAUCCCAGUGGUCCGGAGCAAUAUGGAAAAGACCAUGCCAAGAGAUGUUGCUGCUUCCCAUGGGGUCGAAAAUGAAGUUAUGUGUAUGGAUGACUAGAAAGCACAUGAUAGACGAAUAGAGAGCGCAUGAGGCAUGUAUACUUACAUACAACUGAUUGUCCUAUGUAUAGAGUAACAUUUUUGUUUAGUGCAUUUCACUAGAAGAAAAAUAAUGAGGUUUUGGGGCAAGACAUCUAUCUUUCAUUAUGGAAUUGAGUGUACCUAGUUCUUAAUUUCUGUUGACCCUUUUUCCUUUUUCUGCCUUUGGGGGGUAUCUGAUUCUUGGUUGUACUACAAUAUUUCCUUUCUGAUAGAAUAAAAUAUUGUUAUUUCCUACAAAAAAUAAAAACAAACUGCAUGAUUCAAAA